UCGCGUGCAUUCGGAUCUUGUUUGGUUAGCAGUAACCAACCGGACAACACCUCAGUAGCAGUAAAAGCAGCAGUAGUAGCCGCAAAAAGGCACCUGGAGAUUGACGUACGUGUGCGCGUGGGGAAGCGUGUGACGGAUCGCAAGAGAGAACCCGCCACCGAGCGCUCGUUCAGUUAGAUAGCCAGUCAGUCAGCCAGCCAGCCAGCCAGUAGGUGGUCCAUCGGCGUUAGAGCUGCUCAGCACAGCUUUCGCGUAUCUCGACUGGCAUCCCCACGCACGACAGCCCUGAAGGCUUUCUGCCGGUCGAAAAGUUGAUUGGGGCUUCCAGCCCUUUGUUUUAUUAAGACAAGCAAAUUCGGGAGGCGGGCGGGCGAACGAGACGAUAUCUUGGAUCAGGGAUCUCAUAGAUAGAAGUACAAAAACUCGACAGUCAGAAUGUCGGUCAUCGUAGAUUACUACAAAGAUCUCAUUUACAACAGAAAUGACCCGCGCACGAAAGACUGGCUACUUGCGUCAGGUCCAGGGCCCUUGUUGUGGAUCGUCUCGUUUUAUCUCUACUUUUGCACGUCGCUGGGCCCAAAAAUAAUGCAAGAUAGAAAACCAUUUACCCUUAGGUAUACGCUAAUCGUCUAUAACUUUGUGCAAGUGAUUCUCAGCAUUUACCUAGUCCACGAAGGACUGAUGGCUGGUUGGCUUUACGACUACAGCUACAAGUGCCAACCAGUAGACUACUCUAAUAACUCGCAAUCUUUGAGGAUGGCACGGGCGGUGUACAUGUACUUUAUCUGCAAGCUGAUCGAGCUGUUGGAUACCGUGUUUUUCGUGAUGCGCAAAAAGCAGCGUCAAAUAUCCUUCCUGCAUUUGUACCACCACGCAAUGAUGCCCAUUUGCGCCUGGAUCGGCGUCAGAUUUGUCCCGGGCGGCCACGCUACCCUCCUUGGACUCAUCAACAGCUUCAUCCACAUACUUAUGUACACGUACUACAUGCUCGCGGCCUUCGGACCCGAAGUGCAGAAGUACCUAUGGUGGAAGAGGCACCUCACUUCCUUACAACUAGUUCAGUUCGUCAUCAUUCUCUUCCACAACCUUCAGGUUUUGGUGACAGACUGCAACUAUCCGAAGCCACUGGCGAUGCUGCUGUGUAUCAACGCAGGGCUGUUUAUCUAUCUGUUUGGCUCGUUUUACGUAAAAACUUACAAGAGGGCUGCAAGAUCCAGAGAACAGAUGAAAGAGAGGACACCGGCAGUCACAACAAAUUGCGUCACGGCUAACGGAAAGGCCAAAGUGAAUGGUUAUGCGAACGGCCACGCCAAUAGUCAUGCGAAGCUUGACGAAAAAGUCGAUUAAUCAGUUUUCAGACUAUCAGUUUUUUGGGCUUGACCAAUUUAUAGGAGUGUUUGAUAUUUUCGUCAGGACGGAAAGUGUAACCUCUUAUAAAAACAGUUUUUGGGUGAAAAAAUCAGUGCUGUCCAAGUCGGUCUCACGGUGUGUUUUUAAAUAAUUUAAUUGCUCUGUAAGGCAAAAAAAAGGUACAAAAAAAAAAAAAAAAAAAAAAAAAAAAGAGCUAUAACAAUUUUUGAGCUUAUACUUGACAAAAUUAACAUCCUACUUCAAAUUGCUAAGUACAAAAUUUGCUGAUCCCAAAGAAAUACACAUUUUUUGUACUACGUAUUUAUUUUUGCAGAUUCAUUGUAACAUUUUAAACGACAAUUAUUUUUGAAAUGAUGAGGAAAUCGUUUUAUUUUAAGACUUUUAUUUUUAGUUGUUAAUCUUAAUAAAUUAAAUUUUCGUCACUGAACAUUUUUAAAUGGUGGAUAAAUGAAAGGUCAAUCAACACAAAAAUCGUUUUUAAAAAUUCAAUUCGUUUACUGUCAAUUUUUUCUUGUACACAUUUUUAUAGUUUUAGGCACGACUGCUCCAUAGGAGUACCUUAUAGUUCCAUCGAAAAAAAAGUGUAUCCAUGCAUAAAUUGUUUAUUUAUUAUGUGAAACAAAUUGAAAAAAAAUAA